GACCAUGGUUCAUACCCCUCCAGCAUCCCACUAUGUCCUACCGUAAAUCAUAUCACGCCGUCGGGGAAAGCAGCUUCGUAGAAUCAACAUCGGCGCUCCUUUCGUCCACUAUUUAAGUCUUAUUUUCGUAAAGGCCACCCACGCACGAUAGCCGACCCAUGGCUAACCGGUCGUACCAUCGGCGGUCGGGGACGGACCUCCACGGCAUGGAGGAUUUUCACCGCGCGGAGUUGUCUCACUCGCAUCGCCGCGACCUCUCCCCCUCUCCGGCCUUUCCCCCUUACCACGACACUGGCCGCUCCCCGCGCAACUCCCCCCUUUCCCGCGGACACGCGGAGCAGCAGGCUCCUCCGCCGUCGCAGAAGAAGCAUCACCGGUCGUUGUCUCAGCCUUUUUUCGAUCCGCUGCCCGUAGAAGACAUUGCUGACCGAAUAAACGCUCUUGGGAUUCCGAAUCUCCAGAGCAGCCCGCUGCGCGCCACCGAAAAUCGUUACAGCGGGAAAAGCGGGGGAAAGCGGGGGUCGGCUCGGGCUAGCAGUAAAGGUUUGCUUGUAGACGAUUGUGACAAUGUAGGGUUCGACGAUGACGAUUCCUCGGAUUCUUCCGGGUUUUCCGCUAAAGGAGUCAGCUAUUAUCGAGAUCGACCUAGGCCUGGAAGCAGCAGCGGCAGUAGGCCCGGGUCCGCCAUUUCUUCAGGUUCGGGAGCAGGCUCGGCAGCAGGUUCGGUUACUGCAAUGUCCGGAUCUUCAGGGUACGGAGCACCUCUUUCCCGGGAGUUCGGUUUUGACAUGAGGCAGCACCCCUCUUCCCCGCCCCGCCACGUGUCCGCGCGCUGGUCCGCCGUUUCGCAACCCGCGCAUGCGCAUCCUCCGCGGAAGGAGCUUCUGCGGAGCGACGACGAGGACGAGGACGGGAUCGAAGAUCCCGAGGACGCGGAACCCGCUCCCCCCGCCCGGCGGGCGCACACGGCGUCGGAUGCCUUUCGCGGAAAGAAUGCCGCGCGCGCCAUCAGCGGGGGCAGGGGAGGCGCGAAGGACGGCGGGUUUGCGCCCAAGGGGAACGGUCCGCUGAGCCCCACUGACGGCUUGGGGGCAGUGUCGCGCCACCACACUACCAGCAACGCGGAGAGACGCCACAGGGCGGAAGGGGGAGGGGGGGGGGGAGAAGGCCGUCGGCGGAGGGAGGAGGCAUGCAUAGUAAUUUAAGUGGCAGCGGCGGCUUUAGCAGCAGCACGGGAUCGUUAAGAGCGUCGCUCGAAGCGCCGCUAAAGUCUUCCUCGAGGCGCCUGUCGGCGUCGGCGUCUUUUAAUCCUCGCUCCUCGCACGCCGCGACUACGUUCAACCACUCCGGUCCGCAUGAAGCGGCUCAUUCGGGUCCGCAGGCAGCGCACUCCCCGCGUGUGGGCGGUGCAUCUGCCGGCGCAGGGUCGGGUCAUGGUUCCGGACCGCAGUCCAGGUCCGGUAAAUCCCGAGCCUCGGUGAGCAUGGCCGAGGCUGACGGCUUGGGGCUAGGUUUGGACAAGCUGGAGGCUCUGCGGCGGGAGCAGCAGCAGCAGCUGCAGAUAGCCGCUGCCGCCGCGGCCGCGCACGGGGGAGCAGCGGCUGCGCGGCAGAUUCUAAGUUUGAAGGAGAGUGAGAGGAGGCGAGGGCCAGGUUCAGGGUCGCUAAUGGCUAGAGACGAUGUGGGGGGGAGCCAUUAUCACUAUCACCAGCAGCAGCAGCAGCAGCAGCAUCACCACCAACAGCACCUGCAGGCCAGUAGCAGCGGCGGCAGUGCCGGCGGUGGGGGGAGCGGAGGGAGCGCAGGCGGGGGAAGCGGCCAAUUCCGCCGGGGGAUGUCCGCGGAGAACCGCUCCCCGCGACAUGCGCGAUUCGCGUCGGAGGUCCCGCAACAUGGGUCAAUGCACGGUAGCGGGGUGCACAGUAGCGAGGACGCGGACGACGCAGCGUUGGUGGCGGCGGCGGCGGGCGGAGGGACGUCCGGGCGCGCGGCGAACCGAGCGAAGCUGCGCUUCUCGAAGUCCCUCAAGAAGGUCGCGGGGGAGGCGCAGGGGGAAGAGAGGGCGGGCGGAGCAGCGGGGGGGGAAUGGGACGCGGAGGACACUCCGGUGGCGGACCGAGUUCUCCUCCGCCCACCUGCUCUGGAGAUCGGUAAACUCUCCGCCCGAGGCGCAGCGAGCGCGUCGUUUUCCGGACCAGUGGCGGGGGCAGGUGACGCGGGGAGGGAGGGGGCGACAGCGGGAGGAGUGGGGGAAGCCGCAGCGGGAGGGGGGGGGGAGAGGGGAAGGGCGGCGGGCGGGGGGGCAGUAUUAGAUCAGAGCAAGUCGGGGCGGAGGGCGUUCAUGGGUCUGCUCAAGGGGCUGCGCUCGCCGCGGCUCUCCGGCACGUUCGACCUGGCUACGGGCGCUGGGCUCAAGAGCCCCACUGGGGGAGACGACUGGGCCGCUGCUGGUGGUGGUGGUGGUGCAGCAGUGGGGGUUUCACCCAGAGGAGGAGCAGCAGGAGGAGGAGGGGGGGGUGGUGCUGCUGCUGCUGGGAGGAGCGGGAGUCCCGCCGAGGCAGCAGGGGAGAGGAAGAGCGCGUCCCGCCCGUCCCUCUCCCCCCUCCGCAGCCCGCGCCUCUUCUCGUUCAGCGGCUCCAAGCGCUUCGAUAAGAGCCCACGCGGUAUAGCGCACAGCCUCACCGGUACCGGGUCCAUGAGGAGCCCCCGGGGGGGCGGGGACGGGGGCGGGAGCCCGGACGAGUGGACAGUGGGCAGCGGGAAAGAGGGCAUCUUAAAACGGGGAUACGCGGAUGUGAGGAAGAGGUACGACGUGGGGGAGAAGAUCGGGGAGGGGCGGCCGGGCGUGGUGGUGUAUGCGUGCACGGUGAGGAAAACUGGGCGGGCGCUGGCAUGCAAGUCGAUCGACAAGAAGACGCUGGACGAUGAUAAGAAGGCGGAGGCGCUGAGGCUGGAGGUGGAGCUGAUGAAGCAGCUGUCCGUGCACGGGGGCGUUGUGUCCGUCAGGGACGCCGUGGAAGAUGACAAGCACGUGCACCUUCUCAUGGAGCUGUGCAGCGGGGGCGAUCUGCUCAACUUCGUGAACACAGCGCCUGCUAUAUCUGAGCAGCAGGCGGCCACCAUCAUCAAGCGCCUGGCGGACGCCGUGCGCUACUGCCACCGCCAGGGCGUCGUGCACCGCGACCUCAAGCCUGAAAAUAUUCUCAUGGCUGCUAAGGGCGCUUGGUGGGACCUGAGGGUGGCAGACUUCGGCAUCUCGGCCAUGCUAAAGCCAGGCGAGCGCAUCCGAGGCUAUGCAGGCAGCCCCUUCUACAUCGCCCCGGAGGUAUUAGGUGGUGCGUACGCAUUUGAGUGCGACGUGUGGUCGCUGGGCGUGGUGCUCUACGUGCUGCUGGCACAGAAGCUGCCGUUCUGGCACGACUCGGACGCGGGGGUGUACAAGCUCAUUCUCAAGGGCAGCGUGGACACGCGCACGGGACCGUGGACAGGCAUCUCCAGGGAGGCCAAGGGGCUGGUGCACCGCAUGCUGACGUCCGACGCCAGCCAGCGCAUCACCCUGGAUGAAGUCAUCGAGCACCCAUGGGUGGUGGCGAACCAGUGCGAGGUGCCGGAAGCGCCCCCGCCGCCGACAGAAGCAGAGACGAAGCAGGCGAAGAGGCGGCGGGCCAUCGCGCGGUCGCGGGCCAACAUUAUUGCCUCGUUCCGCCUGCCCUUCUGCCUCACGCCGCUCACCAACGACGCUGUUUACAGCGACAGCGAGGGUGUAGACAAGGCUUAAGCGUGCUUGGAGUCCUGACAAAAGAAGCAUUAUCGCCUCCUUUCCGCCUCGCCUGUUGUGUGUCAUGCCGCUCACCAACGAUGCCGGCCACGGUGACAGCGAGGGUGUCGAGUCGACAAGGCUUAGGACGUGUGUGUUGCAAUGUGCAAAGUGAUGCUGCUUACUGCCCUGUAGCCCAUGUCCCUGGCUCUCAUUCUUGAGCCGCUUAUGUAACACACUGACCUGACUGAGGGGAGGGCGUGUUCCUACGAAGUUGCAUCAGAAUCGAAAACCCCUGUACUGAUUCGGUUGCACGGGAAAUUUUUGCGACUUCCUCGUGCCACGCCGCGGUCAUGUGAUGCGUGUGUGACUUUUCCGGCAGUGCUUCCAGCAACGUGCAAUCAUGGCCCGCUCGUUAGAGUUCAUAUGCAUGUAUGUUAGGAAUAUUUGACCUAUAGCCUAGCUAGGUGCAGUUUCUAUAGGCUACAUAUUUAGUUAGAAACAAUGUCCUUGCCCUUGUGUUCAUCAC